AAAAGCCUCGCAAAUAGCCAAACCAGGCGCUUCCUAGGCGCUUCACGCCGUCAUGCAUGCUUCUCAAGGCAAGGUCGAUAGGGAGGUCCAAACGUUCGCUUUCGUCGUUCUACAUAUCAUUCUUUGCUGCUCAGGAUAUCCGGCCUUGCGAGCCUUAGCAUAAUGAGUUUGCGACACUGGCCUGCCACUUUAACGGCGGCUGGCUGUACUAGUAUAGAGUAUAGUAACUGUGACAUUACGAGCGGUCUUCAUUCUUCAAGAAAGGAGUCAAAACACGAAUACCCUCAAGCCACGAACAGUAACAGAACCAUGUUCAUUUGGGGUCUUGUUUGUUUCGGUGGUAUCGGUCUCAUCGGGCUUGUAAGUUGCAGGUCCAUCGACCCACAAGUCAGUACUUCAGUACCCGACGUACAGUAAAAUAGCAUGCCAUUACCCAACCGCCCCGACCCCACCUUACACCAACUUCGGAAGAUGACCGCGGCUCACAAGCAAAUGAGUGACGGACAAUCUCACCUCAAGCGGACUGUCACUUUGAGGGACUUACCGAGCUGGAAACACUACAAUGUGCACAUUCUUACUGGAUACCGAAGGCCGCAAGAUUGGAGAGGUUGUGUUUAUUCCAUAUAUGCUUACGUGCAUAACGAAACCGGAAACAUACACACCCACUUGUGGGCCGGUGUACUUUUUCUAUAUCUUCUGAUCACAGUGAAUCCAUCGCAACUCACAUCUGGCCGAACGACAUGGCUGGACUCGACGGUGUUUUCAAUUUUCUUUGCCUCAGCCACAUUCUGCCUACUGUCUAGUACGACAUACCACACGUCGCUCGCUCAUCAAUCCCGAGUGGUCUGCUCGCGUUGCCAUGCCUUGGAUUAUGUUGGAAUCAUCGUCCUGAACUUGGGAUCCUUCUGUCCAUUGCUUUACUAUGGAUUCUUCUGUGAACCGGAGACUCUUAGGCUCUAUGUUUCAGUUGUUCUCUUGCUGAAUGCCGCCGGUGUCUUUGUUAUCGUCGAUCCCGAAUACGGAAAACCGACACAUAUUGCUCUGCGCACUGCAAUUUUCUUGGGACUAGGAAACUUCGCCAUAAUCCCAGUCCUUCACUGGCUCAUGGUACAUGGACCAGCGACGACACUUACGGGGAUGGGUGUGAAGUGGUUCAUCUUGUCCGGAUUCUUCUACAUUGGAGGUGCUUUGCUGUAUGCGAACCGGAUCCCAGAACGCUUCAAUCCCGGUGCUUACGACUACCUCUUCCACUCCCAUCAGAUCUUCCAUAUCUGCGUAGCAUUGGGUGCUUAUCUUCACUACGUCUUCAUCUCCGUAGCGCUUGAUUAUGCUUAUACUCGGUCCAAAUGUGCCAUAACCUGAUUUUCCUGUCAAAUCGCUUAUAGUUUGUUCAUACUAGAGUAGAAAUAUAUGGAUUCAAUAUAGAGUUGUCUGUUGAGUUCCGUUGUUGAGC